AUGCAUUCCACACUUUUAAUCGUCGCGUCGUUAGCGCUGUUAGCAGUCUGCGUGUGCUCACCCGCCGACCAGGAUGUGAUCGAACACAUCCCAUCAAAAGCCGCGCCAAUACUCUUAGCUACCGCAAAAGACGGUGUGGAAUCUGGUGCUUCGGGAAAGGUUGUUGGUGCUGCUGAUCAUCCAAGGGUUCGUCGUUACGUCGGUGGUGAAGAAAGUGACCUGCUUCCUUCCAGCAAUGAUGUAGAUGCGUCUCCCUUUGGCGAAACCUCCCAGGUUUUAGGACGUGGCCGCAUCAGGGUUCCUGGAUUUGACACUGGAAUAUCCCCAGUACACGAUAUGAAAGAGAAGCUAAUAAACUCAAAAUAUGGAGAAAGGUUAAUAAUGGCUUCACCCCAUAAUGCUUUGAAACAUUUAGAUAAUUCGAUACUGAGAGCAACUAAAAAUGUAACACAAAAUCCGGAAAUGGAUGAAAAUCUUUACCAAAUUUCGAAAGACAUGGUGUCAGCAAUUUUAUCUAAAUUAGAAAUUCAAGAUAAAAUUACACGAAUAACAAAAGAGGCAUUAGAAGCGCCUGGAAGAAAUAAAGGCAUAACAGCCAUAGAGACGAGGCGCAUUCUGGAUUAUAUAUCAAGAACAUUGUCAGGUCAUAUACUUAGCAUAACUCGAGCUUCUACUGAACCUGAGCUUCAUCGUCUGGUGUAUGGGUUAGCGCAAAUAGCAGCAGAGGUUUCAAUUGUGUCAGCUUUAAAAGACACUACCUACUCGUCAGCGCUUUCCAAAAAACAAUCGGUUGACUUAUCUUUACGAAAAAAAAGAUCAAUUGCCUCAUUAUCAAAUAGUGAUCACAUUACACAUGCACCUGAACUCUCAGAUACAACUGUUUAUAAUAUCAUACUAAACAAAUCUCUAUCCAAUCCCUUUAAUUUUGCUAAUAGUUCUUUACAAUCAAAAAAGAACAAUCUUAUUACUCCGUUUUCAGUUAUUUCUAGAAACGAAAAGAAAUCUGUACACUUUCUCAAUGGAAAACAGAAUUUACAAGGUUCAAUUAAAGGAUUUUUGAAUCAAACAGUUUUAGACACGGAAAACGGUAACUCUGACAAUAAUGAAACAGAUCAAAUCAUGUUAGAGAAAUCGAUAAACUCGACUCAUUACGUCAAACCAGACAUGCCAACAUUAGAUACUCAAGAGUUAAAUGCACCUGGUCUUAUAGAUGACUGGAUUGAACCCAAAGAAAAUAUUUAUAAGCCAUCUUUGAACGCAGAUAUUGCUGCUGACAUAGAAAUUGAGCAAGCUGAAUUCGAAGAAGAUUCUGGAAAUGAAAAACGAGCCAAGCAAAAAUUGGAAAGGUUAGAAGUUAAGGCAAAGAAAGCUAUAAUGUAUGCUGGUGAUGUAGCGUAUCUGACGGCAGCUAGUGUAGUAGCAUUAAGACGUGCUUUAACAGCAUCUAUUGAAGUGCAAAUGUCUGUACGAUACGCGAAAAAUGGAAUGUCUAAUCACCAGGACUUGAUGAUGAACUUAGCUAAGACUGCUGCUCAACAGGCUGGCAAAGAGGCUAAAAGUGCAACAUCAAAAUCAUUGGCAUGUGAACGAGUCAUAAAACUGGCUCUGAAGUAUACGGCACAGUCACAUGGAGCUAAUCUUAACCAUGUUGCGAAUAGAAUUGUAAUGGAUACGUUAUCUUUGGCCACACUUGCAAAAUCUAUGGCCUUUGUUUCAUCAGACAUCGCAAUUAAUUCUUUGUACCAGGCUACAGACUUGAAACCGCCAUCGUAG